GGGAGGGGAAGCAGGGCAGCAUGGCGUCCCAGGCUAAGAGGCGCGCGUUGGGCAGCCGGCACCCACGGCCGCUUGUAGCCCAGGAUAAGGAGGAGGAAGAGGAGCGGGAGGAGGCGACGGAGGAGGACACAGACGAGAGCGGUGGUAGCGAUGAAGAGGACGAAGACGACGAAGAGGACGAGCUCGUCAAUCAGGAGGUGACUGUGGACUUCGAGGCCCGCUCUAUCUCCGAGGCCGACUGUGAUGGGAUCCAGAAGCUGCUGAGGCAGCUGUUCCUGAAGGCCCCCGUGAACGUGGUGGAGCUGGCGGCGAUCCUGGCCCAGCAGAGCCCCAUCGGGAGCGUCAUCCAGCAAACGGAUGUUCCAGAAGAAAGUGAUGACGAGGAUGGUGAAGAAGAGAUUUUUGGUUUCAUAAGCCUUUUGAACUUAACCGAAAGAAAGGGUACUGAAUGUGCUGAACAAAUUAAAGAAUUGAUUCUGAGCCUGUGUGAGAAGAACUGUGAGCAGAGUAUGGUUGAACAGCUGGAGAAACUCCUGAAUGAUCCCGCUAAGCCUGUGGGCUUUCUGCUAAGUGAAAGAUUCAUUAAUGUCCCGCCACAGGUCGCUCUGCCCAUGCACCAGCAGCUUCAGAAGGAGCUCACAGAGGCUCGCCAGGCCAACCAGCCUUGUGGCAAGUGCUCUUACUACCUCAUGAUCAGUAAGACAUUCCAAGAGGCCUCAAAGAAUUCCAGAAAGAAAGGGAAUGGACCCCAGAAAGAACUCAUGUUUGCAAAUGCAGAGGAGGAAUUCUUCUAUGAGGAGGCCCUUCUGAGGUUCAGCUACUCGGUGCAGGAGGAGAGCGACACGGCCUUGGGAGGCAGAUGGUCUUUUGACGAUGCGCCCAUGAAGCCCCUCCGGACGGUUAUGCUCCUUCCAGCCAGCAAGAUGGGUGCAGUCAUGGACACGCUGAAGAAGUAUCUGUCCAUCUAGCCCACUUUUUAUAAUGCUUUCUGAUGAACUUUGGAGACUUUCUUUAGAACCCCCACCUUUUGUCUUAGAAUCAAUACUGUGUAUAUGUUCUGAGGCAGGAGAGUGAGUGUAAGGACUAGGCAAGGGGGGGUAAAGUGACUUGCCCAGGGUCACCCAGUUAGGAAGCGUCUGAGGUCACAUUGGAACCCAGGACCUCGCGACUGCUCCAGGCCCGACUCUAUCCCCUGUGCCGCCUGGCUGCUCCUCACAUCAGAGAUCUGAUGGUUUUGAAAAUAAGGUCUGAGGUUUUAUCCCCCUGCAGGGACCCUCACC